AUGCGUUUUGGCAUCGUGCAGUAUAAAAAACACGCCAAAGAAGAGGAACACGCAUCAUCAACAAGGAAUGAGAUUCCCGAAAAUGUUGAGUCAGAGAAUUCAAACGAUUCAGAAAAUGUUGAUGCUCGAGGCGGUGACCCGCUCUUGGUGAUUGUUCCGUGUGGUGAGCGGUACAACCUCAUAAGGCAAUUGGAAUCUUUUGAGCCACCUAUUGUUAUUCUUUAUCACUCUGAUCUGGUAACUCUCCGCUUGUUGGAGAUGUAUAAAGCAUGCAACAAUGAUAAGCCGUUAACAGUAUACAUUGUUAUGUAUGGGAAAUCGAAUGAGGAGGAACGGUAUCUUUGUGCUUUGAGGAAAGAACAGAUCGCUUUUGAAGAACUAGUUCGCGAACAAGGCGUGCGUAUUUAG